GUCACGGCUCUAGAAAUUCGUAACAUUAUAAAAAUAGUGUAUAUAACCCAGGCACCUCGCAAGGCAGGUUACACUGGCGUGGAGGAAGACCAGAGGGACGUGGCGGAGGUAACUUUGAAGGGACUGUAGACGCGACUUAACGAGUCAAUUGCACGUCGACAUGGAUUCGCUUGAGCCAGACCAGAUCGAGACCCUCCGCAAGGCGUUCGAUUCCUUCGACACGGAAAAGGCCGGAUCCAUCGGCACCGAGACCGUGUCCACCAUCCUGCGAAUGAUGGGCGUCAAGAUCUCGGAGAAGAAUCUGCAGGAGGUCAUCGCGGAGACGGAUGAGGAUGGAUCGGGAAUGCUGGAAUUCGAGGAGUUCGUCGAGCUCGCGGCCAAAUUCCUGAUCGAGGAGGACGAGGAAUCCCUGAAGGCGGAGCUGAAGGAGGCCUUUCGCAUUUACGACAAGGAAGGCAACGGCUACAUCACCACCGAUACCCUGAAGGAGAUCUUGAAGGAACUGGACAACCGGCUUACGAGCGAGGAACUGGACGGAAUCAUCGAGGAGGUGGAUGAGGACGGGUCGGGGACUUUGGACUUUGAUGAAUUCAUGGAAAUGAUGGCUGGUUAAGUCUCCCUACCCUUCUCCCCAGUGUCAAAAAAAUAAAAUAAAAUAAAAUAUAAUAAAACAAACCCAAACAACAUUUAUUUUUUAAAAAUCAAACCAAACAAAUAAAAGAAUCCCCCCCCCAAAAAAAAAAAGUCAUACACCCCCCCCCCCUCCCUUCCCCUCGCCCUCUCAAAAAAAAAAAAAAAAUAAACAUUAGUAGUAUAAAUCAUUCCUUACAAACACGACUCGAAGACCGAAGAAUUGACUACACGCUCUCGAAACAACCACUUUUCACCCCCGUUUGCUUGUCACUGAAGCCUGCGGUGAUCAGAUCUCUUGCCUUGGGAUGCUUCGGAUAAAUACAAGUGCAAUGGUGUAGAUAGAUAUGUGCACACGGCGAAUACAAAUAUAGGCACGCGUAUACCUAUACACACACACGUCACGUAUGUACGCACGCACGCACACACGCACGCACAUACAUACGCACGUACAUAUAUAAGCUCGUACACACAGACACACCACGCACACAAACACGUACACGUAUACACAUACACACACGCACACGCACACACGUAUAUGUACGCGUAACAUAUAUAUAGUCUAUGAGGUAUGCUGUUUUGUAUUGGAUAUGUGAACAUUUGAUAUUCCAAGAUCGUAUUUUUCUUCUGUAAACCUGAUCACUAUCACCAAAAAAAUCCCAUUUAUUUAUGAAAUUCACUUAAGAAAGUAUGUUUUCUUUCUUUGAAUUAUGUUUUGCAAUGAAGUUUCCCCGUUUUUUUGUUAAGAAAGAAAAGUUCCCGACUUUUUUUAAAGACUUUAUUUUGAAUUGUAUUUUUUUUUGUUUUCAUUUGGCGGGAAGUUUUGGUCCGUGCCCGAGGGAUGACCUUGUAUGUGGUGGUCCAAGGUUAAUAAUGAAAAUGUUUGAAAUA